CACCCGGACCACAGACCGCCAAGGCAGAGCACCGGCCGCCGAGACGGAGAACCAACCACCAAGACGGAGCACCGACCGCCAAGACGGAGCCCACACCCCACAUCGCAUCACGUAACCUCUCGGUCCUCUUACCGAGCAUUACCCUGAUCGAAACCUGCGCAUUACAUUCCACAACCAAACAGAAAAGUCUAGCAAAAAUAAAACAGACACACCCAAAAUGCCACCCACCCGCAUCCCCACCGAGGAAGACUUCGCCUCCAUCUUCCCUUCCCACCCCACCUUCCCCGCAACACAGACCAGUCCCAUCUCCCUCGUCUACCCCAACCCACGGGAGUCGACAACUUCAAUACUGUUGCUGCUACACGGGCUGGGUGACUCUGAGGCCCCAUUCACAACCUUCGCCCGCAACCUCUCCCUCCCCGGCGUCCUCUCCAUCUCCAUCCGCGGCACCGCCCCCCUCCCCGCCCUCCUCACCAGCACCAACAACCCCAACAAUCAACAGCAACAAGGCUACCACUGGGGCGACGACAUCACCUUCUCCUCCAGCAGCGGACAACUCGAUCCCGACCCCGGCUUCGCCACCGCCCGGCGCUGGAUCACGGAGCGCCUGAUCGGGGAGGUGCUUUUGCGGCGGUGUGGGUGGGAGGUGGGGGAUGUGAUGGUGUUUGGGUUUGGGCAGGGGGGGAGUGUGGCGUUGGGGUUGGGGAGUUGGUUAAGGCGGGGGGGUUUUGAGGGGAGUUCUGAGGGGGCUUCUGAGGGGGGUGGGGAUGGGAAUGGGGAUGGGUUGGGGGGGAGGGCGUUGAAGGGGGUUGUUUCGGUGGGUGGGGGGUUGCCGUUGUCGAUGGUGCCGCCGCCGGUUAGGGGUGGUGGUGGUGUGGUGGGGAAGGCGAAGACGCCGGUGUUGGUUUGCUGUGGGCGGGAGAGUGAGGCGGUGGAUGCGGAUGCGGAGGAGGUUUUAGAGAGGGAGUUUGAGACGGUGAAAGUGGUGAGGUGGAAUAGGAGCGAUGACGGGAUGCCGAGGAGUCGGGGGGAGGUGUUGCCCAUGAUGCAAUUCUUUGCGGAGAGGUUGAGGAGUGGGUGGCUUUAGGGUGUGGGAUGGGACGGUAUUUCUACAUUUAUGGAACCGAAAAUUGGCGAGGAAACGAUCUAGACUUUAUUGUAAAUGCAAUCAUUGCUUUUCAUUCAAAGGAGUAAUGUGAACGCAAGAGGCGGAGAAGAGAUGGUAAUGAAAAUACCUAGUUAAAUCUAACUUGCAGAGACCACUUGAAGAUGGCAACGCAAUACCAUUGCUUGAAUAAGGGAGCAAAAAGGGGGGAAUAAGAGGGGGGGUUCCUCUCGUGAAUCAGCGAUGAGCAAAUAAAUGCGCGAACU